GUGCUAAUAUUAGUGUAGUUCGUCCUUUGAACCAUGUGCCUAGUUGUUCUUAAUUCUGGUAACAACAGUACUCGCUUUAGAAGGCUUCGGACACUAGAAAAUUGUCAUUCCAUACAUUAUGCGUAGUUUCAAAUCCCCAGUCACGUGAGCAGUUAAACGCGAUUUAGUGGACGCCGACUCAGCGAAAAUUGCACCGGGUUAAUCGGGAAUCAGUUGAUAUAAUCCGGUAAUUACUGAAAUGGAAAGCAUAAGCUUCCGUAAUUCCGGUGCUGUCGAAGAAAUUGGCAGCAGUAUACAGUACACUAAGGGUGAAUUUAUUGGGAGGGGAGCGUUUGGAAUAGUUUACAAAGCCAAAGUCAGAAAAGCACUUUUACGAUUUCGCACUCCGUCCGAGCCGGAUUUCGUAGCCGUCAAAGUGAUGCAUGUCGCAAUUAAUUCUGGAAUUGCUGCCGAUCAGGAAAACUGGAUGACCGUUGUGCAGAGAAUAAGACAACUUCCAGGACUGAAGCACAAACAUAUCGUACGCUAUCACAAGGUUUCCAUCUCGAAAUCUUCCGGCGGAGUGACAGUGGAGCUGGCAAUGGAUUAUCAUAAAGGUGAUCUUGCGUCGUUUUUAAGGGAAGCUAAGGAAAACACGACGCUUUUAAACAACUGGAGAAAAGUGAUUCGAUUCGCAGAUGACUUGGCCCAAGGACUUGAAUUUCUCCAUCAAAACGGUAUCAUUCACGGCGAUUUAAAGCCUGAAAAUAUACUUCUGAGCGUCUCGCAGAAUGGCAGCGAGAAACUGGUGAUUGGCGAUUUAGACGAUCUAGUGCAAAUGAAAGAAAGCGCCACCUGCUCUGCAGACAUUUCUCAGUUACGAGGCACAAUGCGCUAUAUGUCACCGGAAAUGCUGAGGAAGUUCUCCCAACAAGAAGCGGAGCGACCAGGACGAAAAACCGAUAUGUGGAGUCUGGGAUGCAUCAUUCUGGAGAUGGCCGAAAACUAUGCACGUGUACCCAAGAAACAGCUCGUAAAGGAUGGGAAUAUCGUCGAUGCGGGAAGCGCUCUUGCAAACUAUGCACGCUUGAUAAUCGACGGUUACGCUCCAUUUGUGAGCAACGACAUUCAAGACGAUUUAGCGUGCAUUAUUCGACAGUGUUUGGAUACAAGUAGCGCAAACCGAUUAUCCGCCAGAGAAUUACUGCAGAAGCUACCGAAAGACCUCAUAGUAUUUAUUGGGCUCAGGGAUUCUAACGAUCCCAGCGUCAUGAGAUUCGAUCCGUGGACUAACUCUGUUAAUGUUCAAGAGGUGCGGGGCGCACCAAAAUUUAAGGGGGAUCUGUGUCGCGGGUUAGCGGUAACAGGUAACAAAAUUGUAAUUACGGAACAGAUACGUCAUGGUCACGUCUACAAGGUGAAAUUCCAUUUGUGGAAUGUCGACGAUGGAACAUGGGGUCAACACGAGCCAGUUCCCUCUUUGGAGGUAGACUCGUUUAUAAUGGUGACAGCGGUAGAGGACAAGGCUUAUUUUUUUGACGAUACCGGAAUCUUUACAGAAGCGAACAUUUCUACAGGCGAAAUUGCACGUUCAACUCAACCAAAUCAACGCCCUUUCCACUCACCAGAAGCAGUAGCCAAAUACCGUGAGCAGAUAUUUUAUGCUACUUGGAGCCGCCUUUUCCAGUAUGACACGGUGAUCAAGGAAUGGAAGUACUUACCAGAUCGGCAACAACCGCGCCGAGAUUUUGCAAUGGCCGUGGUCAGCGGACACAUAUACAUUUUGGGCGGAGAGCUUUUAGACGACGCAAAGCUUUACUGCAACAGCUUUACUGCCCGUCACUUUACUGCAACAGCUGACUGUAUUCGUUUGAGACUGGGCAGUACAACGUGGGAAAAGAUUGCACCACUUCAUCAGCCCAGAUUCUGGCAUACUGCUUGCGUUGUCAAGGAUCGAAUAUACAUCUGCGGCGGUGCCGAUUCAUCUUAUAACGAGGCGGUUACGAUAGAGGUUUACGAUACCAGAGCCGACGCAGGAUGGUCGACUGUCAAUUUGUUUCCGAAGGACAACGAAAAGUUUGCAGCCUGGCUGGCUGCAUACAGUCAUCCGUUGUAUUACUUUGCAACCUCCGUCAGACAGCAUAUUGACAACUUUCCAGAUAUAACCGCUUAA